AUGUCAGGUUACAGCGCGCCUUACAUUGGUCUGCCCGAUCCUGAGAAGAAACGUGUCGGAGACAUGGAGCCUCAAGCGACCCAAUCUAGUAUUGCUGAGCGUCGCGGCAAAUCCUGGUACAAAAAGCUCAGCUUGAGCAUCAGAGGUAAUGGCAAAAGCAACCGUUCCUCGACCAUCCCAGAGAAGCCGACCUCUCCAGCAAAAAUCAGGGAAGAGUAUCUCAACAAGCCACUGCCAGCGCUUCCUGGCCCUGAACUGCAGCCGUACUUCGAAUACAUGUUCGCAGACGCCGGAAUGAAAAAGAAGAAGUCCACUGAGACCCUCAGGUCCAGCGCUGAGACUGACAGCAACACCCAAGAAUCAACUCAGUCAGAGUACAGUGAGACUUGUGCUACGCAUUCCAAUGGCUCGGCUGAAAGUUACGGUUUGAACGGCUCUGAAGUCGCCCAGUUUGCGUUCGCUCAAGCAGGUGUUAAUGUCUCAACCAAAGAUAUGAUCGACAAUCACUUUGCAGCUCUUGGUACCAGCCUCGAAGGCGCCCUUGACCUGGCUACCCUUGCCGACGACCUUGAAGGAGAAAAGGCUACAGAGGAUUUCUUUGGUGGUAUCGAAGUCAAGGAAGCACCCAGCCCUGAUCACGUCCCUGUCGUGGAUGAAGAAGGCUUCGUCGACCGUCGCGAAGGGCUCGAGGACUGGCCUCAAUUGUGGCGAAACGACAAAGAGACUCUCGUUAAAUCCACCGCUUCAGCCUCUGAAGAGCUCGCGGUCCAACACAGCAACACCACAAUUCCGGACCACUUCAACGGCACAAAGCACAUUCUUCAGCCCAAGUCACAGAAGAAUAAGGUCCGCCUUCAAGAUCCUUCGUUCCCGGAUUCCUAUCAAACCGUCACCCCCAUCAUCACCGGUCCGGCUGUCCAAACCAUUCAGUCUCCAGUCCGCGCACCUCGCCCGUUGACCAUUCGCACGAAGAACAAGUCACAUCAUCACAAUCACACAGGCCGUAUCAGCAAGAAAAAUCGAGCCAACAAGCGAAGCGCACGAGACUCAUUCGUCACCAAAUCCACCAUCAAUCAGCCCAAGUCUGAUGACAACUACAACAUCAAUCUCCUCCCGACGAAGAAGGUCCGCGUGACCGAGACUCAGCCAGACCAAGACCUCAGCAGUCCCUCCCGCGCCGCCUCCGUCUGCGGUUCCAUCUCGAGUCCAUCCUCAGUUGACCUCACCAGCCCCAACACUCCCAACUCUUCAGACAUCGACAACCACACAGACACAGAUAUCACCGACGCCGAAGAUGAUGGCCAUGAAGACACGGCAUCCGUCCUCUCCCUCAAACACAAACGCCUCACCACGUCCCUGACAGGCUUUCCAGGCCAGUUCGAAUCAUACGAAGCCGAGUACCUCGGCGUGCGUGCCACCCUAGCCGCCCCUGAACUCUUCACGGCCGGCGACGCCAACCACCCCAACGGCCUGUUCAGCCACACCAACUUUGUGGCAGACCCGACAUACCCAGCUUGCGAAUACACACCCGCCAUGCUCGCCGCGCUGCCCGUGCGCGACCUGGCCCUUAAGCACGCCGAGAAUGCCACACAGUCGUACGCGUGUUCGCCCCGCGUCUCGAUCCUGCGCACCCCCACGCAGGCCAUGCUCCGCCGCGAACUCCACCGCGAAUGCGCCGCCGCCAGGCUCGAGGGCGUCAGCGUCGGCGAGUACAGAUACUAUCAGGGGUUCAUGAGCCUGGAGGAAUACCUCGCCGCACGGGUGUGCGUGUGCUGGGCCUUUUGCUGGUGCAGCAAGCUGUGCGGCCGGUACGCCGACGUGCUGUGCCCGUGCAGCGAGUGGAUCGCCGUGCACGGCGACGACGACUAA